UCUUCGUGUCUCUCUUUUCCUGGCCUAUAUAUACAUGUAUAUCUACAUAAUUCCCUCUAUCGAUCUGGGCACGACUACCGUUUCCUUUUAUAGAGCCCUGAGAUCUCUAUUCUCUAAGCUGCUACUGAUUCAGAGCAAACUAUAGUUAUAGCUUCUUGCAACAUUUGGGAGUGGGAAUCAAGCGAUACAAAAUUUAGUUCUGCUUGGACAAAGAAUUUGGAAUAGGACAUAAAAUGAGGUAAAAUGCAUGAUUCCGCUGGUGAUGAUGAGCAAAAUAAGGUAUGAUGCGAAGACAGGUUGUCUGGAAGAGGAUCUUAAACUGUCUAUGCAAUGUCUUCUAGUAAGAGUACUUUGCAAGGGCAUGAUGAUAAUGGAGUUCAGAAACAAAGCCCUGGUUUUGUAAACAGGCAUAAAAUUGAAACACAACUUUCCACAAGGAAUUUGAAAGGAGAUGUUGAUUUUAGUCAUCUCGAAGACCGAGAUGCUAUGGAACUAUAUUCGCGAGCCAGAGUGCAGCAAGAGGAGAUUCAUUUUCUUCGUGAACAAAUUUCUCUUGCACGUGUGAAGGAAAUGCGGCUGUUGAAUGAGAAGUAUGCAUUGCAGAGGAAAUUCUCUGAGUUACGAAUGGCAAUCGAUGAGAAGCAAAAUGAUAUUGUUUCUUCUGCCUUAAAUGAGCUGGUUCAGAGAAAAGGUGAUCUUGAAGAAAAUUUAAAAUUGGCUCGUGAUUUGAAGGAUGUUGAGGAUGAGAGAUAUAUCUUCACGUCUUCCAUGCUUGGGUUAUUGGCUGAAUAUGGUAUUUGGCCCAAUGUUAUAAAUGCUUCUCUUCUAUCAGAUAGUGUAAAGCGGCUACAUGAUCAACUGCAGUGGAAGAUUAGAACUUCACAUGAGAGAAUGAGAGAAAUAACAUCUGCUGUGGAUAAUCAUGGUGGACGUGGAUCUCAUGAUAAUCACAGCCCAGGAGAUCAAUCUCAUCCUAGAUCCAUGGGUGAGCAACCAACUGAAGAUAUGGCGCAAUAUGUGCACUAUCGUGGUCUUACAGAGACGAAAAACACAAUGCUUGACGAUGACAUGUCACAGUUAAUGAAUAAUGACAAUCUUCGGGAGUUCUCAUCCAAUAGUUAUAGGGACAUAGGCUCUCUAACUCACCCCUCUGCUGAUAAAGGUGAUCUGAAGUUCAAAGCAGGAAAUAUGAGUGAUGCAAUCUUAUUUCCACCUGCUGUCAUGCAUAACAACUCUGUUUCUGAAGAAGGCCCUGGCAUAGAGAAUUUUCAGAUUAUUGGUGAGGCUAUACCUGGAGGCCGGCUUCUUGGAUGUGGAUAUCCUGUACGUGGGACUUCACUAUGUAUUUUUCAGUGGGUUCGUCAUCUUCAGGAUGGCACCAGGCAGUACAUUGAAGGAGCCACAAACCCAGAAUAUGUUGUUACAGCUGAUGAUGUUGAUAAACUGAUUGCUGUUGAGUGCAUACCAAUGGAUGACAAAGGCCAUCAGGGGGAUCUAGUGAGGCUUUUCGCCAAUGAUCAGAACAAAAUAAAAUGUGACCCAGAAAUGCAAAUGGAGAUUGACACAUAUAUUGCUGGAGGACAAGCCACGUUUAAUGUUCUAAUGCUGAUGUAUUCUUCAGAGAUUUGGGAGCCAACAACUCUAUUAUUGAGACGGUCAAGCUUCCAAAUUAAGAUCAAUAGCACAGAAGCUGUAGUGAUUCACGAGAAAUUUUCAAAGGAUCUUUCAAUUAAAUUUCCUAGUGGAAAUUCAGCUCAAUUUGUUUUGACAUGUUCCGAUGGAUCUUCUCAUCCUUUUAGCACGUACAAUGUUCGAAUGCGCGACACUCUUGUAUUGACCAUGAGAAUGUUUCAGAGCAAGCAGGCACUGGAUGAAAAAAGGAAAGGAAGAUCCUAGACUUCCCUCUGUUCCAAGUAUAAUGUUCGUAGAAAUUAUUGUUCACGAUGGAAAAUAAGAAAAAUAAAUCCAAAUUAUGCUUUAUAUCACAUUAAAUUGAUAAAAUAAUGUUUUAGAAUUCUCGUACAUUCAUUGUAUUCUUGAUUUAAUUGAACUCAUAGCUGAUAUAUGGAUCACAA